AUGUUUAAGUUUCGAGAAAUAAAGAAGGGAUGGAACGAAUUAGGAAAAACCGCAAAACUAGUUUAUGGAUGUUUUUUUUUCAACAUAGUUUUACUUGUUGGUAUAACAACUAGAAGACAUUUGGCAAAUAAAAAAGCUGUUUAUUAUUAUACUGAUAAAAUAAUUGAUUCAAAUAGUGAAAACGAUGAUUGGAAAUGUUAUAAUGUUGCAAAGCAAUACCGCUAUGAAUGUGCCUACUUGAUCGAAGAAAUGGAACAAGUGGAUAUAUGCCAAAAAUUACAGAAUGAAUUAGAAUUGUGUAGAGACGAUUUAUAUAAAUACAUAAAGGAGAAUACACCAGCAAUGAAAAAUAUCCCUCAUAUUAUAAACAAACCAGGAUGGAUAAAAGAACCAUCGUGGUUUCAAAACAUUAAAAAAUAA